AUGGCCAGGGGAACCUAUGUCAAAGAGACACAGGAUCGUCCUUCACUAACAGGCCAUCGCUGGCUGUGUGAGUCACCAACAGAGGCACCAACUGAGGCACCAAAAGAGGCACCAAUACAAGCACCAAAAGAGGCACCAACUGAGGCACAAAAAGAGGCACCACCAGAAGCAACAAAAGAGGCAUCAACUGAGGCACCAACUGAGGCACAAAAAGAGGCACCACCAGAAGCAACAAAAGAGGCAUCAACUGAGGCACCAACUGAGGCACAAAAAGAGGCACCACCAGAAGCAACAAAAGAGGCAUCAACUGAGGCACCAACUGAGGCACAAAAAGAGGCACCACCAGAAGCAACAAAAGAGGCAUCAACUCAGGCACCAAAAGUAGCACCAACAGAGGCACCAAACGAGGCACCAUAG